AUGGCGAAGUCGAAGAACCACACGGCGCAUAACCAGUCGGCGAAGGCGCAUAAGAACGGAAUCAAGAAGCCGAGGAGACAUCGUCACACUUCGACCAAAGGAGAUGGAAAAAUCUGGUUAAUUUCCACGCGAACUGAAGCUAUACUUUCUCGAACUGACGACUGUAAGAAAGAAGAUUAUCAGAUAAGUGUUGGCCCUUCUCUUUUUUCCACACUUACUGAAGCUACAUUUUCUCUUGGAUCAAUUGCGUAUGUGGAAGUCGAGAAAUGUGAUCCCAGCUCAAGCAACAGUGGCUUUAGCAUUAGAGGAUAUGCGCAAAUGAUCUCCCCUUCUUCCACUGUUUCGAAAUGCAAUGUAGAUGGUUCUUGGGCAUGUGAUAGGGACUCUAAUGCCUUAGGCUGGAUUCCAAGAGAUGGAUUAGGGCUCAUCACUCUGCUUUGGAAACAGGAUUUGAAGCUCUUCAAUGAGCAAUGCUGUGUUCCAAAACUUUGGGAGUACAUUGAGGGUAUAUUCGAGACAUUCGUGAAUGAUGUUGUAUAG